AUGCCAAAAACUCAACAGCGGCUUCUCAACUACGCCACCUCGAUUGCCAAGUGUCCAACCGAAACUUCCAACUACGGAUCGUGCGUCUCAGUUCAGGCUGAACGUAUCAAACAGGGUGAUUGCAGUGCAGAAUUCAGAAAACUAAUCGACUGUGUGACAAAAAAUUUGAAGAAGAAAUAA